AUGAGUAUGAUAAGCCUAGAUACUAUAUCAUGGGAUGGGUUAUCCACGUACUUAUCUAUUUCGUCAACUAAGUCAUUAAUAUUAUAUGUUGUUCUAUCAUUAAUCUUUUAUAUUCUUUCGAUCAAAAUUAUAUUAAACUUUAUAGCAAAUAUCUUUUUUGCUAAAAAACAUAAAAUCUCACUUAAUAUAUUAUAUUUCUUUUUAAAUUCUAUACAUAAUAUUUCACUCUGUUCAAAAUCGAAAAAUUGGUAUAUUACGAUUAAAAAAAUCAAAUUUUCAUUUACAUCAAUAAUUUUUGAAGCUAUUACACUAGAUUUAUCAAAUACAGUGAUAGAUGAAAAUAUACCUCCAAAAGAGAAUAAAAAUUCAGACCCUAAUACUACAUUAAUUGACAUUGCAAAUGAAAAGCAAUUAGAUUUUCAAUUCCAUCUGAAUAAAACAUUUCUUAAUAUAUUCUAUCCUAUUUUAAUCAAAUUUAUCCCAAAAUUAAUAUAUUUAAAAAAUAUAAAACUUAUACUGAAUAAACAUAAUAUUCUUACUAUCAAUUUGCUAACAGUUUCUGUCGAACUUAUUAGCGAGCUAAAUACAAAUUCAAUCGUUUUCCAAUUGAUAUUAAAUAAAAUUAACCCCAUUAAAAAUGAAUCUCAUUAUCAGAAUACUAAAAUCAAAGAAAAGCCCAUAUAUCUUCCGUCUGUUUCUAAUCUUCUUUUGGAAUACCAUCUAGUAUACUCAAUUGGAAACUCUGCAGAAUUUAAAAACAAAAAAAUAGUUUUAGUUCAAUCAUGGACCAAUUCAUUAAAAGUAAGUGGUUUAGAUUAUAUAAUUGAAGAUAAUGAUUGUGAAUCAGAUACUGAAACUGAAGAGGAGACUGAAGAUGAAGAUGAAACUGAAGAUGAACAUAUAAAUGAACCUGAAGAUGACAGUGAUACUACAAUUACAGAUGAUACCCAACUAAAUGCAAAUCAUACAAGCAAAGAUAAAAGAUCUAUUUCAAACACUUUUCAACCGCAAUAUGAAACGACGAUUAUUGAAAUAUUGAAUGAUAUUAAAGCCAAAUUAUAUCCCUAUAUUAACUUACUUACAAAGAUGGAUAUUCUUGAUAUUAAAUUUUCAAAUAUUUCCAUUAAAUAUAAAGGCUUAAUUAAAAUUGAAAUAUCCAGUUUCCAGUUUUAUAUGGUAUCUGUCAAAGACCCGAAUACUUUAUUAUCAACUUCUCCAGAUAUAUUAACGAAUAACCAUCAGAUAACUUUAUCAUUAAACAAUGUCCUUAUUAAACUUGGAAAUCAUUCAAACCUAAGAAUUCCAUUAUUGAUCACUGUUAUCUCAACAGAUAUGUUUACUUUUUUUGCGUUUAAGCAUGCCAAUUGGAAUAAUACCAAAAUAACAUCUAAUACAAACUUACUUAACCCUUCAUUAUAUUUAACAAUAUCAAAUAUAAUUGAAUUAUUAACAUUAUUUGAUUUAAAUUCAGAACAUUCACAGAAUAACGGUAUUAAAUCUCAGUGCCAAGAAAAAUAUGUUAGUUCUAUGCAUAUUCAUAGAAAUACUAUCACAUUAAAUGAUUUCCCUAAUGUAUUAUUUGAAUUUUCUCUUUCAAAUUUCGAUUCUAUUUUACAGCUUUCUACAACCCUAUUUUUAACUUUGAACAUAUUCGAUACUCAUGCAUUGUUUCAAUAUAAAAAACCAAAGGAAUGUAAAACUAAACAAAAAUUUCAAUUUACCAUUAUUAAGGAUAAAGUGGUCAAUUAUAUUAAAAUUGUAGGCGUAACAUCUACUUUUCAAACAAAAGAAAAUAGUGUUGAUGAUGAUUAUAUGUAUAUGCCAACAAUUGUUCCAAUUUGUGAAUUAGAAAGAAUGGAUACAUUCAUAGAAGAUAUUUCUGAAAAAUCGUUAAACUUAAAAACCACUGUGAGAAAUUUUAUCUUUAGUUUAAACGAUAUUGUUGUAUUAGAAAAAUUGGCUAAACUCUAUCUAAAAACUGAAAAUUUAUUGAAUUCAAGAAAGACGCAUAUAAAGAGGAGAAAAUCACAUUCUACUAGUGGCAAUAAUGCUCUCAAUUCUCCUACAACAUCCAAAAAUAUUUUCCUUGAUUACAAUUUAAAAGUAAGAUUAAAAAAUACCAAAUAUUCUUUAUUAAUCGCUAACUAUCUAUCAAAGACAUUAGAUCCUUUGGAAUUGCAAGGCAAAAAUUUAACAAACGUCCAUAGAGGGUUUUUGUUAACAGUACAAGAGAUUAUUUAUAUAACUGGAAAAUCAAGAGAUUUAUCGAUUCAUGAAACUAGUCUAGAAAUAAUAAAUACAGCUCUCUAUCGUAUUAUUGAUGAUUUUAAGCCUAAGAAUAUUGAAAACAUAACUAAUAUAGAAACUCCAAUACUUCAGUUUGAAAAUCUUACCAUUGUUCAGAAUAGUAAAGACCAAGAAAUCUCUAUCAAAUUACCAUUGGUUCACAUGAAACUGGAUGUUAACAUUCUUUGGUUAUUUUAUUUUAUGCAAAGCGUGUUUAAUAAGAUCUACUUCAAUAAAAGAGAUUUAAUGAACUCCCAAUAUCAUACUAAUGUAAACCAAGAAAAUUCUGAGACUCCCAAAAUUUUACAGAAAAAUAAAAAUACACUAAAGCUAGACAUGGAAAAACUUAUGAUUGAUAUUGAUUUACCACAAGAACAAAGUUUGUUGAUUACAAUUUCUGAUCUUAGAUAUUCCAAUAUUGAACAAAUAUUAACCUUCUCAUCUUUGUCAUUUUCUGUCAAGUCUGUAUAUGUUACACACAUUCCACUAAAUAUUAUCCUUCUUAAUAUUGAAGACUUUAAGUUAGAUAUUUUGCAACUCACAAGAAAAAAGCAUAUUAAUAUAUCAACAUCUUUGUUCCGUUUGCAUACUGAAUAUCAUUUCAGAUUUUACUUGUUAUUAGAUAGCAUAAUUGCAUCCUUUAAGUCGUUUAAGCAAUUAAAAUUGGCAUUCUCAGAUUUAUCUGAAUUUCAUAGAUUACGCCCAUCUCCUGAAAAACCUAUUUUAUUUCCUCAUGUAAAUAUCUACUCAGACAAUUUUGUCAUUGAUGUGGAAGAAGAUCCAUUUGAGCAAGAAUUAGGGUUAAUAUAUAAGGUAGGAAUAUUGGAACAGAGAGAACGGCUAAAAAUGCUGGAAGAGUUUCAUCAUCAAAAAUCUUUGUUUAAAGAAGAUCAUAAAUUAGAUAGCAUCUUUACAGGUACUAAUCAAGGAACUGCUCAAAAGGGACGGACCAGCCCUAUUCAUGAUAUAUAUCACCAAACUACUUUUGUUGGGACUCCAUAUAAUGAGCAUAAAAGUAAAGCAUGGGAAGAGAGAGCAAGAAAAAGAUUAGAUGAACAUUUUUCAACAUCAUGGAUUGCGAGAUACCGUAAAUCUAGACUAGAGUUUAUUGGCAUGCCAUUUAAUGUUAAAAAAGAGCAAGUAUUUGGCUUGAAUUAUUAUUAUAAUGUUUCAUCUCUGAAAUAUAAAAAUACGGUAUCAAGUCUAAGAGUUAAGAAUUGGAAUUUUACGUUAUCACCACCUUCUUUUCCACUGGAACAAUAUCCUGAAUUUAUCUACAAGUAUGGUAAGAAAGUCCCAAAGGGUAGAUUAUACACUUUGAUUUUUGUAUUUCAUUUAGAUGUUACUGCUACAUCAACAGAGUUAAGAUUGAGGGAUUACCCAAUUCCAAUUUUAUCAUUCCCAAAGAUUCAUACAGGUGGUGAUUUUGUUAUUGCAGAGAGAAUGCCGGGUCUGUUAUCAACUAGAACAGUUUAUGUUCCUUUUGUUCCUUCUGCUGUUAGUAAUGAAUAUAUGAAAACUAACUCAAUUUAUGGAACACAUAUUAUAUCUACAAUGAACUCUUUAAAAACAAUUAUGAACGUUAAGUCUACAAUUGAAUCCACUACAGCAGCAUAUAUUGCAUGGGGUAAAGCUAUGCAACCAGGUUUUGAAUCUGUUAUGCUAUGGUUUGAUUUUUUAACUAAACCUCAACUAGAUCCAUCUCCAAAACUAGGUUUUUGGGAUAAAAUUAGAAAUUUGGUUCACGGUCGAUGGAUUCUUGAGUUUUCAGAAACAAGUGAAUUUAAUAUUCAUAUUAAAGGAUCUAGAGAUCCUUACAAAGUAGCUGAUGAUGGUGCAGGCCUUUCAUUCAGAUGGUCUGGUGGUACAAGAAUUUUGGUCCAUGGCACCAAUGACCCUACAGAGUUCUUAAAGAUUGAAUCGAAUUCAUUUAAUCUUGCUAUUCCUGAUUUUACAGUUCCCAAUAAGUUUGAUAAAAUUUUAAUGAAAUUAGCUGGGAGAGUUACUUGGAAGAUGGGGUUUAUAUUUGAAAAAGGUGAUAUUAAUAAAGCAGGGGAAGAAAAACGGUCGAUGCCUAACAGGCCACACCAUGAUAUUGAAUUAAUACAUCCUGAUAACGUUGUGAAUAAGGAAGCACAUGAUUCAUUCCAUGGAUUUAGAAGUUCUUUCAUUCAUAUGUCAAUAGGUGUUUAUUCUUGCCAGCCUGGCUCUCGAAAUAGUCUUCAUUUGUCACCAUAUGCCUUUUCAUCAUUUUUAAGUUGGUGGGCAUUGUUUGAUUCAUAUACUUCAGGUCCCAUUAGACAAGGUCCAUUGUUCCCUGAUCUAAUCCAAAACAGUACCAAGUUCGGUAGGUCUCUUUUUACUAUUAAAUACCAGUUGCAUCUUGAACCUCUUUUUGUAACAAAUGUUUACAGGCAUAUUUACCUUGGUACACAAAAUGAUAACUCAACUGAUGGGGAUGUUAUAUCAUUCACAGGUCUAAAAGGUAGGGUUAAAUCGUUUAAAAUAGAUUUACAUCAAAAGAGAAUUAAAGUGACCCAUGCAAAUGAGAAGCUGAACAAAUUUAAGCCAAUCUGGAAGUUUAAAAUGUCUACAGGUGAAGUUGAUUGUAGAGAAGCAGAUGUUAGAAUACUUUUUACUCAAUUUAGCGUGUCUUCGUUUCAUAAAGUUCUGGCACAACGGUUGGAUCUUUCUGUACCAUCGGCACCAAAUUUUGAUAGAAAGUCUAACAUAUUAGAAGGGCCUAAUUCUGAAUGGUACGAUUUUGAAGACUAUGUAGAUCUAAACCAAAUAUUACCAGACUCCACUGUUCCUUUAUCAUUGGAAGCAAUACCUCUGUUAUACUCACCGCGUAUUUCAUAUUUUAGACAGAUCAAUGAUGAGGGGUAUAAUGUUAAAUACCCUUUCGGAGAGGAGCCUUCACAUAGUUGCUUAAUCGAUAAAAAUCACCCUGAGCGCACUCAAGAACGAUUGACUGAGAAAAGAAUAAAAGAGUUAGAAGAUCAUAUCGAAAAACUUUCAAAAGAAUUAAACCAUCUACAAUCUGGAACGAAUUCUCAGAUAGAGAGUCGCAAAAAUAAAAUUAAUCAGAUGAACCAUCAAUUACAUGAGGUAAAACAUAGAUGGAGAAUCCUCCAAGGUGUUUUGAGCGACUUAAAAAUUUCUGCAGAAUAUGAUUUUCAAAAAAUUAGGCAAUCUAGUGAUUUAUACUCAAUAAGUGAUUCAGAUUCAGAUAUCGUUCCAUUUACAGGCGAUACAAAUAGCUUGACUGUUCCAAGAGCUAAGACUGUUGAAUCCUUCGCUAUUAUGAGGCGUGUCUCGCAUUCGAAUGCACAGUCCUCAUAUGAUAACCGAUUUAUGCUUCACAAUAUUCAACUAAGAAUUAAUAAAAGUAUUAGAGAUCAUCUUCAAGAUUAUGCUACCGCCAUUUUUGAAAAGAAAUCGACCCAAUUUUUUAUGAAAUAUAAAUCUGUUCGAAUCUUACAAACACUACUAAACACAUCAUUAUUCAAUAUGAAAACUUCGAUUAGUGAGUUUGGCUUUGUAACAGAAGAAGAUCAAUCCACAAAUUCAGAAUUUAUUCAUCAUUUUGAACAGCUUGUGAGAGAGGUUGCAAAUGAAAAUUUUAUAGCUGUGGAUAGCUGUUUAUUUCAGUUAAUUUCACCCCAAAUUCAAAUUACUUCGGAAGAUGAACCAAAUAUCGCAUUGAUUUUAGUUGCAAGAGAUAUUGAAGUAGAAUUAAUUGAUAUUCAGGAAAUUGUCGGUAGAUCAGGAAAACGUAUUGUAACUGAUGUCAACACUAUCGUCGAGACGAGGUACUGUUCUACCCUGAAGGAUAUCCAACUAUUUACUGUUACGAAGUCUGAACUAAAAGGUUCUGACAUGAUUAAAUUCAAGUCUAAUGGGUAUGGUGUUUCAGAUAAAUCACAGAUUUGGCCACCUUGGGUUCCAUUAGAAGUUUGUUUUGAUGGUGCUCUUUUGCUAGAUCAGGUUUUUUUAAAAAGAAGAUCUAUGUAUGUCACAUUUACAGCUCCGAAUGCAUUAUAUUUCAGUGCUAAUGAUAUCGGUAAUCUUUCAACAGAUUCGAAAUUUAGAAUUGCUUUCCCAAGCUUGGCUAUCACUUCAACAUCACAGCAGUACACCGCAGUUUAUAAUAUCAUUGGCGGACUUCUUUCUUUUAAUUCCACUUUUGAUGAAAAGGUAGCCAAAUUAGCCAAAGUAUUAUUGGCUGAUGAAGUAAGAAAUAAUUUGGAGAAGUUAGAUGUGUCCGUUGUCACAAGCUUACAACGAAAGGUACAAGAUUUAUUAUAUACGAGAGCUUUUUUGAAAUCACAUGACCCAGAGCUCUUUGCAAGAUGUCAGCAUGAUAUUUUAAGCAGUAUCCAGGCUACAUUAGUAGAGCUAUCAGUUUUAAUGAAUGCUAUUAAACAAAAUUAUGAUAAAUUGGGUAAAAAUGAAAGUGAUAUACAAAAGAAAGUUAAUUGGCAAGUUAGCGCAAAUAAGAUCAGAUGGGAAUUAUUUGAUGAAAAUAAGAAGCCCUUUUUGACAAUCCAUCUUGGAUUAUUUACAUACAUUCGUUCUGAAAUGCCAGAUGGAGCGAAUAGUAAUGUUGUCAAUAUUCAAUCCUUAAGUUGUUUAAACCAGCAAGAGAAUACAAUAUUUUUGGAAUUAUUGGCACCAUUUGAGAAUAAUAGUCUUUAUAAGAAAGACGAGCCAAUGAUAGAAUUAUUUUGGCUAUUGGGUGCUUCUGUUGGUGGUAUCACUGACAUUGAAGAGAUGAUAGUUAACUGUCAGCCAGUUAUUUUUAAAAUGGAUUAUUUGACCAGUGAUAAGCUAUUGAAUUAUUUAUUCCCAAAGGCUGAUAAUGAAUCUAAUUUACCGGGAGCAAAGCCAAAAUCUCCAACUUCCCCAAGAUCGUCAACGAGUGAUUUCUCAUUAAGAAGGUCAAGUAGUACAUCUUAUCAGGCUUUGCAAGGUUUAACAAAUGGAGAUUCAAAUUCGAAAACAAAUCCUCAUCAUACAACCCAAGCUCUUGCGUCUCUUGAAAUGAUGAGCAUUCCUUCCAGGGGCAGUUCAAUGGAAAGAGAAAGGAGCAGAAUUGGCCCUAUAUUUAAAAAGGCAGAAGACAAUAUAAACGAAAUGGUGUUGAGAUCUGGAACCUACUAUAACUUACGUUCUUUAGUUAUCAAAAAUAUGAUAAUGUCCAUAUCUUACAAAGGUGCACAUAGCGUUUUAACAAAUGUUAACAGUUUAAUUGUUAAAGUACCACGUCUAGAAUAUACGAAUAAAAUAUGGUCAAGAGAAGAAUUUUUUAAUGCUAUUAAAAAGGACGUCUUUAAAGUGGUGCUCCAUCACACUGGUAACAUUAUUGGUAACAAAUUUAUACCACACAAGAAAGAAAGUAAAAAAUCCACCAAGGAAAAUUGUAAUACUAUUAAUCCAUUUUCAUAG